AUUCACAUGAUUAAAAGCUCAAGGUCAUUAAAAAAUAUGAUCACGAAAAAAGAAGCUUCAGUAAAUCAAGCAGCCAUCCCAUCGAAUGGCGAUACCUUUUCACGAGGAUUGGAUUCACCGAACGAUCACUAUAGUUGCCAUGAUUCUCGGUCAAAACCAACCUAUGACAGUCCUGAUGGAAAGGGAUUUUCGUCCAGUGACAACGAACCAUCUAAGAAUCAUCAGAAAUUGGCGUCCGAUGUUACGGGAAAUGAGUUAAGACAAAACAAGAGUUCAGAAUUUUCUUCACCUACUGAGUUCGCUGAAAUUCUUUCUGAAUUUUUCGUGGUGGAAGAAAACUCACUACAUUUAAAUCUACAUGCGCUAUCCGAAAGGAUCUACGCUAACAAAGCCUACAUGAGAUGCUUUAGUACAAGUCUUCGGACACCAGGAUUCUUUUGCCAAUCAAAGGCUCAAGAAUUUAAGGGAAAAAAAAAGGAGAUGCAAAAAGUAGCUGAUGUAAUUUCUACACUUUUUCCCAAAUUGAAAGACAAUUUCAACGAACUCAAAAAUGAUCUCAGGGAUUUGGAUAUUAAAGUGAGUAAUCUCUCACACAGUCGUGUAAAUUUUUUCCCAGAGGAACCUUUACCCGAAUUUAAAAACGUUCAUGAUCAUGGCGAAGGUAAUCAUCUAUUGAAAUUGACAUAUGGAAUAUCCUCAAACGGACGGUGGGCAAGUUCUCAAUCGUCUCAACCCCAAGUACAGGAAAGUAAUCUUCCCCAAACAAGAAAACCAUAUUCUCCCUUUCAAAAAACAAGUAGUACAGCCGAAUAUGCUUUGGCUAGAGUUGAUGACUUAGUGAACUGGGCUCGUAAAAGCUCUUUAUGGCCAUUGACUUUUGGUCUUGCUUGUUGCGCCGUCGAAAUGAUGCACUUUGCAGCCCCAAGAUAUGACAUGGACAGAUUUGGAGUAGUAUUCCGUGCAAGUCCCAGGCAAGCAGAUUGUAUACUUGUAGCUGGAACGGUAACAAAUAAAAUGGCCCCAGCUUUAAGAAGAAUAUACGAUCAGAUGCCUGAACCAAGAUGGGUCAUUUCUAUGGGCAGCUGCGCAAACGGAGGAGGCUACUACCAUUAUUCUUAUUCGGUAUUGAGAGGCUGCGAUCGCGUCAUACCAGUCGAUGUCUAUGUGCCAGGUUGUCCUCCAACGGCAGAAGCCCUUCUUUACGCUGUUUUACAACUGCAAAGAAAAAUUAAGAGAAUGAAAACUGUGCAAAUGUGGUAUAGAAAAUAA